AAACGAAAUGUGAUCUGGACGGAACGGUAGCAAAGGGCGUUCGCCUGCGAAUUGCCACGAAGUUACUUUUUUUUGAUAAGAAAAAUCUAUUUUUUUGCAUUAAUUACGGGUGUUUAAAAGCCGGUUUUACUGUGAUAAUAUUCUUUAAAGGGGAGAAAAGAUAAAAACUCGACGAUGGACACGUCAUCGGCUGUAAAGUCAAAAUUUCUAACGAAUCUGGAGAAACAGGAGCAUCUUAUCAAGUUGGCCGUUCUCUUGACUGCGGCUGUUCUCUCAUUUGCCACAAGGUUGUUCUCGGUGCUGCGGUUCGAAAGCGUUAUUCAUGAGUUCGAUCCAUAUUUUAACUACCGGACCACGAGGUUCCUGGCCGAACAAGGCUUCUACAACUUCCACAAUUGGUUCGAUGACCGAGCGUGGUACCCCCUGGGGCGUAUCAUCGGUGGCACAAUCUAUCCCGGCUUGAUGGUCACAUCGGCUGCGCUCUACCGCGUGAUGUGGCUUCUGAACAUCACGGUGGAUAUUCGGAAUGUGUGCGUCUUUCUGGCGCCAUUUUUCUCCUCGCUCACUACGAUAGUCACAUAUCUUUUGACCAAGGAGAUUCAUAGCACCGGAGCUGGGCUAGUAGCGGCAGCAAUGAUCUCAAUAGUCCCUGGCUACAUUUCUCGCUCCGUAGCUGGUUCCUACGACAAUGAAGGCAUUGCCAUCUUCUGCAUGCUUCUCACGUACUACCUCUGGAUCAAAGCAGUGAAGUCUGGCGCCAUUUUCUGGUCGGCGAUGACUGCAUUGGCCUAUUUUUACAUGGUAUCUUCGUGGGGUGGCUACGUGUUCCUUAUCAAUCUGAUUCCUCUGCAUGUUCUGGCGCUGAUGACGACAGGGCGUUUCUCGCACAGAAUAUACGUUGCAUAUAGCACUUUGUAUUGCGUGGGAACGAUACUGUCCAUGCAGAUAUCAUUCGUCGGCUUCCAGCCUAUCCAAAGCUCGGAACAUAUGCUGGCCCUUGGAGUCUUUGGACUAUGUCAGAUCCAUGCUCUUGUCGAUUAUAUCCGAUCACGGAUGUCAAGAGAACACUUUGAAGUUCUAUUCAAAGCAUUGGUGUCUUCGGUGCUGACGAUUGUAAUUGUUGUUGGGACAUUACUCACAGUGACGGGUAAAGUGUCGCCCUGGACUGGACGUUUCUAUUCACUGUUGGAUCCUUCAUAUGCCAAGAAUCACAUUCCUAUUAUUGCAUCGGUUUCGGAACAUCAACCGACAUCAUGGUCUUCGUUCUACUUCGAUUUGCAGAUUCUUGUAUUCCUCUUCCCCGCCGGAUUGUAUUUCUGUUUCUCCAAGUUGACCGACUCAAAUAUUUUCAUCAUUCUCUAUGGCGUGACGAGUAUUUAUUUUGCUGGUGUAAUGGUUCGAUUGAUGUUAGUUUUAGCUCCAGUUAUGUGUGUUCUAUCUGGAAUUGCCAUAUCUCAUUUACUAACAAAAUACAUCAAAUGUGUUGACUCGGGAGCCAGCAAACCAGUGGAACACAACAAACGGCACUACAAAAAGCUAGAACAGCAAACAGCGGUUAAGAAAGAAGUUGCAAUUGGAUUUGUGGCCAUCAUCACGAUGAUGUUGAUAACAUACACAUUCCAUUGCACAUGGGUUACUUCGGAGGCAUACAGUUCGCCCAGCAUUGUCCUCUCUGCUAGGUCUCAUGAUGGUGGAAGAAUUAUUUUUGAUGACUUCCGAGAGGCAUACUAUUGGCUACAAAUGAACACACCUGAGGAUGCUCGUAUAAUGUCUUGGUGGGAUUAUGGCUAUCAAAUAACAGCAAUGGCCAAUCGAACCAUACUCGUGGACAAUAAUACGUGGAACAAUACCCAUAUAUCCCGGGUUGGCCAGGCAAUGGCUUCAUCGGAGGAGAAGGCCUAUGAGAUUAUGCGAGAGUUGGACGUAGACUAUGUGUUGGUUAUAUUUGGAGGAUUGACAGGUUAUUCUUCGGAUGACAUAAAUAAGUUCCUUUGGAUGGUCCGAAUUGGGGGCAGUACCGAUCGAGGUGCCCAUAUUAAGGAAAAAGAUUACUAUGCUGCAAAUGGAGAGUUCCGAGUUGACAAAGAAGGUUCGCCCACUUUGUUAAAUUGCCUGAUGUACAAGAUGUGCUACUACCGUUUUGGCCAAGUGUAUACGGAAGGCGGUAAGCCGGCUGGUUACGACCGUGUACGUGCUGCAGAAAUUGGCAACAAAGACUUUGAGUUGGACGUCUUAGAGGAGGCGUACACCACCGAACAUUGGCUGGUUAGGAUCUACAAAGUAAAAGAUCUUCGAAACCGUGGAGUUUAAUUAAUCUAGUCCGCCCGAUCAACUCUACUCUACUCAAUCACCACUCAACAUAUACUUCACACACAAAACAAUUAUUUUAUUUACCAUUUUUUUAAUGUAUUUAAUCUACACUUAUAGUAUUCAUAGUUUUUUUUUUGUAUAAAUGAUACGAAGAAGAAGUCUCGACAUUUUUAACUUAUAUCUCUUACUCUAUAGUAUGCUUAUGCUUCUAAGCCAUUCUCAGAAAACGUUCCAAGAACCGAACUUAAAAAGAUAAUCUACAUAAUACUUUUUUAACCUAUAUUAAUUUUACAAUUUUAAAAUACCUAGUGCUUUGUUUUGUAAUUUUUUUUGAAAUAAAAUAUAAGCACAGAGUUAAACAAAAACAGAUAAGUUUUCUUUGUACUAAACAAAAAGUAUGCCAUUUGGACAUAAGUUAACAUAAAAAGUAUUAAAAAAGACAUAAUUAAAAACAA